UUCAUAUUAGCAGACGAGGGGUACGACGUAUGGCUAGGAAAUGUCCGCGGCAACAGAUACUCGCGGAGAAACUUAAAUUUGGCCACGUCAGACGCAGAUUUCUGGACGUUCAGGUACAGUCAGAAAUCGAGACAAUGUAUUCUGAUCCGUUCGUACAGCUGGCAUGAAAUCGGAAUAUACGAUAUUCCAGCGAUGAUCGAUCACAUUACCGAGCAAACAAAGCAGGAGAAGAUUUUUCUGGUAACGCAUAGCCAGGGUGGCACCGCGUUCUUCGUGAUGGCCAGCGAACGGCCGGAGUAUCAAGAGAAAAUCAUCGCCCAUUCUGUUUUAGCUCCAGUAAUUUUCCUGUCCAGAGCAGGAGCUUCUCUUGCCAAACUGUUGGCCCUCGUAACUGCCAAUGGCAACCGGAUAUUAAAUUUACUGGACAUAUAUGAAAUUAAACCAUCCGACGUACUUGUACCUACAGCUGGAAAAGUAGCAUGUCCUAAAGAAUCACCUCUGUUGCCAUUGUGUAAAGGCAUCCUUGACCUAUUAUUUGGCUUCGACGAGAAACUUAAUACGGUAAUCAGAUGUAAAUAACAGUGCAUUGUUAAUCGAUAUAUUUUCACGUACUAAUUCUGAAUUCAUAGAGUGCGUUGCUUCCUGUUUUUCAAUACGCUCCUGCUGGCGCAUCUAUUAAACAAUUUGCACAUUAUGGA